CUUGCCUCACAAGGCUCACGAUGAACAAUCUGGAGCUCGCAAAUGGGCACCAGGCUGGCACGUAUGUCCGCGAGUAGGAUUCUCAUCCAACUCGCCUUAGAACCCAUACCAUCUCUCCUCUACAUAUAUUACCCUCCGUUCCGAACACAAGUCUCACGCUCUCACUCUCCCCAAGCAAAAAAAAACACAAAAACAAAAAACAAAAAAACAAUGCCUAGUCUCAAAACACUCUUCCCUCCCUUACUACUAUUCCAACUGAUGCAACUCGCUCGUAACGUAUCGGGUGUCGGCAUUAACUACGGCACGCUCGGAAACAAUCUUCUCCCAUCCAAGAGAGUGGCCCAAAUGCUCCAAUCCACCCUCUUCGACAAGGUCAAGAUCUACGACACCAAUCCUGAUAUCCUUGAUGCCUUUUCCAACACCGGCAUCGACCUAAUCGUGGCCGUUGAAAAUGACCGCAUUGCCAACCUGAGCCGUGAUGCGUCUGCUGCAGAUGACUGGUUCGCAACCCGCAUCACUCCAUUCCUACCUGCUACUUCCAUUGUCACGAUCGCCGUCGGCAACGAGUUCCUAACUAACGCCGCUGCUGACGAAUCGCUCAGCGAGGACACGCUUGUCCCAGCGAUGCGCAACAUUCACAAAGCCCUCGUCUCGCGUGGCCUUGACCGAAAGAUCAAGGUGACCACGCCGCAUAGCAUGGCGAUCCUUGCAUCAUCGUUCCCGCCAUCCGCGUCUGUAUUUGCGCCGAACCUGGUACCGACAAUGACAGCAAUCGUCGAGUUCCUUGCGGAUACCAGCGCGCCUUUCAUGAUCAACGCAUACCCGUACUUCGCCUACCGGGACAACCCGUCGAGGAUCGACCUCGAGUAUGCAUUGCUCGGGAACGGGACCGGGGUUCAUGAUACUAAUGGGCAUGUGUACACCAACAUGCUUGAUGCACAGAUCGAUGCGGUCCGAUCCGCGAUUGAGGCGAUCGGGGAGAACCGGACGGUUGAGAUCACCAUAUCGGAGUCUGGAUGGCCAUCGAAGGGCGAUUCAGGAGAUACAGCCGCUACGCUGGCUAAUGCGAGGACGUACAACACUAGGCUGAUCGAGCGUGCGGAUUCACAGGUGGGAACGCCCAUGAGACCCAAGGAGAAGGUGGAGGUGUACGUGUUUGCACUGUUCAAUGAGAAUAAGAAGGAGGGGAGUGCGAGUGAGAGGAAUUUCGGGAUAUUGAAUGGGGAUGGGACCCAGGUGUAUGAGAUGGAGUUGCGGUGCAGCUUUUGUAGCGGUGGGGGAAAACUGGGAAUUGAGGAGAAGGUGGGGCCCAGAGGAGCAUCUGUUUGGUGUGUGGCCAAGCCACAUGCAGAUGAGAAGAUUUUGCAGGCUGUGUUGGAUUUCUGCUGUGGGCCCGGUGGGGUAGAUUGCAGGGAUUUGGUUGAGAAGGGGGGUUGCUAUGAACCCAACAAGCUGCAUGCGCAUGCGUCGUAUGCAAUGAAUGCGUACUACCAGAUGCAUGGUAGGAACUACUGGAACUGUGACUUCAAGGGCACUGGCCUCGUUACUUUCAGUGAUCCAAGCUACGGAGCUUGUCGCUAUCCUCAACAGUAACUCGCUGGCUUGAAUGAUGGGCCCAUUGAUGUGCGGUGGAAGGAUUGAUAUGACUUGAAAUGUGGGGCCCAUUGAUGUGUGGUGGAAAAACUGAUAUUUUUAUCCUUGGGUUGUCUUGUACACUUUUUUCUUUUUUCUUUUUCAAUCUUGGAUAUUGGUUCAAAACAAAGAUAAUUAUCUGUGA